AUGUCUGUUUUACAACUGGAAGAGAACAAGAAAUCUCCGAAGAAAAGGUAAACAAAUCAAACUAACUUCAACAAUGGUAGAGUAUUAAACACUUGAAUGAAUGAUGACUUCACUUGGUGUGUAGAACUAGUAUGGUGUGUUGGGUUUAUAAUCCAAGUGAGUACAUUCGCAAUUUAAGACCUGACCAGGAACGAUUGCAGAAAAUGCAACACUAGGUUCUCUGGUAUUAAAAAAUCGAAUCCAUAGCCUUGUGAUUCCAGAAAAAUUGAUAUUGUUUGUUUACAUUUAUAUUCACUGUUUCUAGCAUGGUAUGGUUAAAGGCAAAAGAUCUAAUCCUACUGAAAGAAAUUGCAGCAGAAGGUGUUAUGUCAAAUAAACCCCGGUCCAGAGAGCGUGGUAUGCAGUGGCAAAGAAUUGCCGUUAACAUCACUGCACUAGGGCAAGGAGUCACAUCACGGGCAGUCAGAGAUCACUACAAUGUGAUGGCAAAAUAGUAUAGGGCAAGAAUGGCACAAGAAGAAAGAUCAACGGGUGAAAGUGGAGGCUGAAAGUUUGUUGGAGGAAUUGAUCCAUAUUGAAGGGGAGAUGGAAAGACAGGUUGAAAGUGAAAAUGAAGAAAACCAACAAAGGAUUGAACAAGAGCGAGGUCAGGCACUGGAGAUGAGAGAACGGGCAAUGGAGACACUUGGACAAACUAGGAAGAGGACAAGACAGAACGGUGAAGGUAGUGGAAAAGAACAAAAGAGGAGAAUGUCAGGAGACAUGAUGAAAUGGUUGCAAGAAAGGGUAGAGUUGGAGAAAGAAGAAAAAAAGGCAAAACGAGAAGAAGAAAGAGAAUACCAUGAAGUUCAGAGAGUCCAGCAAGAAGAGAUGACGCAAGCCAUGCACCAGACACAACAACAGUUUGCGAUGCAGAUGAAGCUGUCUGACCAGUUCGUGCAGCAACAAUUGCAGCAACAACAACAACAACAUCAACAGCAUCAACAAGAAUUUAACUUUCUACAGCAGCAAAUGAUUGCUAUCAUGCAACAACAGCAACAGCAAACAAAUGUGUUGGUAAAUUUGUUGGAGAAAAAAUUAUAG